AUGCGGAAAAGUCAACCAGAAUGCAGCAAAGGAUUGGUUAUACUGCUUGGCCCUAGAUCCAUCACUAGUUGGGAUGAUCUGAAGAGGUUGUUCUUGGAGAAGUUUUUCCUAGCAUCCCGGACCACAGCUAUCAGGAAAGACAUAUAUGGGAUUAGGCAGCUUGGUGUAGAGAACGUAAUGAGCCUCAACAACAUGGAUAGGACUAUGAUUGAUGCUGCCAGUGGUGGAGCACUAGGAGAUACGACGCCUACUGAAGCCAGGCACUUGAUAAAGAAGAUGGCUUCCAACUCCCAGCAGUUUAGCACUAGAAGUGAUGCCAUUGUGGUGAGGGGAGUACAUGACAUUACUACCCAGUCUUCAUCAUCUGCUGAUAGGAAAUUGGAAAGCAAGCUUGAUUCUCUUCACCUUGUUGCUCAUGAUACACCUCAAGCUUAUGCUACAAAAAUCUACAAUAACAAGCAGCCACAGCAGCAAAACUAUGAGUUGUCUAGCAACCGGUAUAACCCAGGGUGGAGGGAUCACCCUAAUCUCAGAUGGAACAAUGCUCAACAUCAUCAGCAACAACAAAAGCAACAACAACAACCACUACAUUUCCAGAAUGUUGCAGGUCCUAAUAGAUAUGUGCCUCCUCAUACUGUGAAAAAUCCUAGAAAUGAAAAUGUCACUGUCAUCACUCUCAGAUCUGGGAAGCAAAUUCAGAUACCCACAGUGCCACCACAUGCACCUGCACCUACACCUUCACUUGUUACUUCUCAAAGAAAAGAGGACCAGGCAGGUUCAAGCAGGAUAAUUGAGGCCGGUGGAUCUCCUUCCUCUACAAGUGGUGGUUCUUCUUCUUCUAUAGGUGGACUUUCUUCUUCCACCACCACCACCAUCAGUACAUCUCCUGAUAUACAACACCGACCUAUCACUCUUCCAUUUCCUCCUAAAGUAGUUCAAAGCAAAUAUAAGGAAGAGGUGGAUAAGGAGAUAUUUGAGACCUUCAGGAAGGUGGAGGUGAACAUACCUCUGCUAGAGGCCAUCAAGCAGAUUCCAAGAUAUGCAAAAUUCCUGAAGGAGUUGUUCACCAACAAGAGGAAGAUGAAAGGAAAUGAAAGAGUUAGCAUGGGCAGAAAUGUAUCUGCACUGAUAGGUAAAUCUGUACCUCAUAUUCCUGAAAAAUGCAAAGACCCAGGUACAUUAUGCAUCCCUUGCAUUAUUGGAAAUUAUAAAUUUGAGAAUGCCAUGCUUGAUUUGGGUGCUUCCAUAAAUGUCAUGCCUCUGUCAAUUUUUAAAUCUCUUUCUCUUGGAACUUUGCUAGCUACGGGUGUAGUCAUACAAUUAGCCAAUAAGAGUGUUGCCCACCCCACUGGUUACAUAGAGGAUGUUUUAGUUAGGGUUGGGGAACUCAUUUUUCCUGCUGACUUCUACAUUCUUGAAAUGGAGGAAGGAUUUUCCCGUGGGUCUGCCCCAAUCAUCUUACGUAGACCAUUUUUGAAAACUGCACGAACUAAAAUUGAUGUCUAUGCUGGUACCUUGUCUAUGGAGUUUGGCGACAUUGUUGUUCAUUUUAAUAUCCUUGAUGCCAUGAAAAUUCCAUCUGAGGACCAAUCUGUUUUUCGUGCUAAAAUACUUGAUUAUACUGUUGAUGAGCAUGUUUAUACUUCUCACUCUUUGCAUGAUAAGACCCACUUUUUUGUCGUCACAUCUAAACCUCAUUCAUGUCCUGAGAGUAUACUUGAUGUUCAGCUUGAUGCAUUGGGCUUGGGUGUUACACCUCUACAUUUAAGUUUUGUGGACAUGGAAUGCACUAACCUUAUUGCAGGAGUGAUACGCUGUUGUGUCCUCUGCGUUGGUGGUCUGGCGACGAUGGAGGUCGCGCUUCGAUGUUGGCGGCGCGAAGAAGAUGGACCGGCAGUGAGCGUAGGUGGCGUGAUUCUGGAUGUGCGGGAUGGAGGUCACGACGUGGUUGCGGAUGGUGCGGUGUAG